GUGUGUUAGCUCAGCGUCAGUCCCAAAGUCCCAAGGGGAAGCCUGUGAACUGUGUGUGCGCGCGCGCGUGAGUGCGUGCAUGUGAGUGUGUGUGUGUGUGUGUGUGUGUGUGUGUGUGUGUGUGUGUGUGUGUGUGUUUAUGACAGCUGCAUCAGUCGCAUUCGGACUCCUCGAUCUCUCGUGUUUAAUGAGCGCUAAUGAACUCGUUUAAUGAAGAACACACACGCGCCGGAUGUGCUGCUGCUGUGAACAAGAAGAAGAGAGAGAGAGAGAGUGUGUGUGUGUGAAUCGUGCUGUUGAUUCAGCAGCUCUUCCACCACUGCGCUGAGCUGUGCGUGUGCUUGCAUGUGCAUGCGUGUGUGUGUGUGUGUGAGCAUGAUCGAGUGCAUGUGUUCUCGUGAGUCUGGAGUCUGGAUGGCCGCUCGUGUGUGAGUCUGGCGGACACACCGCUGCUUUUCCCCGCAGACGCCCGGACAGCGCGCCGCCAGGAUGCCCGCGGAGAAACCGGACCCAGAGGAGCCGCCGACCCAACCCUCGUCUCCAGAUAACCCAGAGCAGGAGAUUGUUCAGGAGACGGCGGAUCCUCCGUCUUCAGAUGCUGUUGCAGAGACACAUACGGAGAGCUCAGGCAUCGGCACAGAGAAGUCAUCCAGUCCUGACAGCGAGUCGAACCCGCUCAGCUCCAGCAGCUCCAAUGAACAGGUCAUUCCCAGCGUCCUGAAGGAGAGUUCAUGUGAAGAGUUGGACGACUCUCAGACAUCAUGUCCAGAUGAUCAGUGUGUAAAUCAAGCAGAAGCUCCUGAUGGAUCUCCGGAAACGGAGGAUCUUCCUCCUCAUCCAGAACCCAGCGUGACCUCUGACCCUGCAAAAGAAGAUCCCAAGGACCCGCUGGCUCUCUACAGUACGCUACCAGCUCACAGCAUGUCUCUGCUGCACGGAUUAACCUACCAUCCAUCCUUUCCCACCAGGAACUAUAUACCAGAGAACUGCUACACGCUCCCGCUGCACCGGGACAGCUUUCCGAACCGGAAAGCGGAGCAGGACGGUGUUGAUCUUCGCUCCGGAGUCUCCGCAGUCAGCCAUCCUGUCCAUCACAUCAGACCGACUCUGGAUCUGUCAGCAGAUGAUCACCUGGCACCGCUGCAGCACGCGUAUUUCCAAGACCUCUACCGGACGCUCAUCCCUCAGAAACGCGCCAGCAUGGUCAGCCUGGACACCAUCCGGAAGGACCCGCGCUGGAGGGACCCAAACCUGCGGGAGGUCAUCGCCAUGCUGAGCCACCCUAUGGACCCGGUGAAGUCUAACGCCGCCGCGUACCUGCAGCACCUCUGUUACGAGAACGAUAAAGUCAAGCAGGACGUCCGGCAGCUGCGCGGGAUCCCCGUCCUGGUGGGGCUCCUGGAUCACCCCAAACCCGAGGUGCACCGUAAGGCCUGCGGAGCGCUCCGAAACAUCUCCUUCGGCAGAGACAACUUCAACAAGGUGGCGAUCAAGAACUCGGAAGGCAUCCCGGCGCUGCUGCGGCUGCUGAGGAAGUCCAAUGACGUGGAGGUCCGAGAGCUGGUCACAGGAACGCUGUGGAAUCUGUCGUCUCACGAGCCGCUGAAGAUGAUGGUCAUUAAUCACGGCUUGCAGACGCUGACGGACGAGAUCAUCAUCCCACAUUCGGGUUUAAGAGGUGACCCCAAUGAUCCAUCUCGUCCCGGAGACCCCGAGUGGAACACCGUCUUCAAAAACACGUCUGGAUGCCUAAGAAACGUGAGUUCAGACGGAGCCGAGGCACGGCAGAGACUGCGGGAGUGUGACGGACUGGUGGACGCCCUGCUGCACGCGCUUUAUUCUGCCGUCGCUAAAAGAGACAUAAAUAACAAAUCGGUGGAGAACUGUGUGUGUAUCUUGCGUAAUCUGUCCUACCAUGUGCACAAAGAGGUUCCAGGAGCUGAGAAAUUCCACAUCCAAGCAGCCAAUCACAACGCCAAACCAGCAGGACACCACAAGAAGGACAAGCCGGACUGUUUUGGAGGACGAACAACCAAAGAGGAAUGGUUCCAUCAGUGCAAAAGACACGGAGCCGUAGAGAAGAAGAGCAGCGGUGCGGAUCUGCCCAGAAGGAGUCUGCCGAUGAGAGGACUGGAGCUCCUGUACCAGCCGGAGGUGGUGCGUCUCUACCUGUCGCUCCUCAAACUGAGCCAGAACCACAACACACUGGAGGCGGCGGCUGGAGCUCUGCAGAACCUGUCAGCCGGACACUGGGCCUGGUCUAAUUAUAUCCGGGCGACGGUGCGUAAGGAGAAGGGUCUGCCGGUGCUGGUGGAGCUGCUGCACUCGGAUGCAGAUAAAGUAGUGCGAGCCGUGGCCAUCGCACUCAGAAACCUGGCCAUCGACCACAAGAACAAAGACCUGAUCGGGAGUUACGCCAUGAGGGAUCUGGUCAGCAACCUGCCCUGCGGCCAGCAGCGCCCCGCCAAAAACCUGGAGGGAGACACCGUGGUGGCCAUCCUGAACACCAUCUUGGAGAUCGUCUCUGAGAACCUGGAGAAUGCCAGAUUCCUCAUCCAGGGACAGGGCAUCCAGAAACUGGUGUCAAUCAACAGAACAAGCCAAUCAGUGCGCGAGACCAAAGCGGCGUCACACAUCCUGCAGGCGGUGUGGGCCUAUAAAGACCUGCGACACACACUCCUGAAGGCCGGCUGGAACAAAACACACUUCAAGCCAGCCGUCUCCAGCCUGCCCAAAAAACUGAAGAACACCAAACAAGGGAAUGAUGACAUCACACUGCCGCUGAUGGAGAAGAACCAAGAUGGAUACAGCAGCGUGGAUCAGCCAGAGAGAGCAGCAGAUGCUCCCUGCCACAUGAUUGAACGAGAAACUUUUCAGGGUGUGAAUGAUAAGAGGCACUUCAUCAGGACCAGCAGGCCGGCAGUCGGCUUAGUGGAGCGGACGCCUCAGCCGCUGGACUCCUGGGUCUGAAUCAUACCACGGCUACAGAUCCACUUUGACAGACGUGACCAGCCUCGAGCACAAUCAAACCAGAGAAAAACAGCAGAUCCUCAUGUGUUCAUCAUCCACACCAACAGAAGCUGGAGGAAUGGAGUCAUGAUCGUCUGGAAGUGGAAUUUGACUCUUUGCUGCUUUUGGCAAUCUUCACUGUUAAACUCAAGAAUCAUGAUGUGACCAGUCAUUUAGAGAUCUGAUUAUCCGCCAUAUUAUGAUCUUGUGUUGUUUCUAUGCUUACCUUUUUUUUGUUGAUGAGUCUCUACAUUGUACAAAAAGUGUUCAGGAUGUUUCUGUGAUUAACCACAUGGACCAUUUCAGUUCUCGAUCUUACGUUUUAUGCACAAAAGAAACGAUAUCAUGAUAUAUGAUGAAUAUUAAUAGGAUAUUAUGGGGCUGAUACUCAUGUUAGAAAAAUACUAUAGUGACUUACAGUAAAUACUGUAGUGUUUUUGAAGCAUACAGUAGUACAGUACAAUUAAUCUGGGGAUUCUACAGUUGCUCUAGUAACACAACUACUACAGUAAUACACUCACCGGCCUUUUUAUUAGGUACACCUGUCUUAACUGCUCGUUAACGCAAAUUUCUAAUCAGCCAAUCACACGGCAGCAACUCACUGCAUUUAGGCAUGUAGACAUGGUCAAGACGAUCUGCUGCAGUUCAAACUGAGCAUCAGAAUGGGGAAGAAAGGAGAUUUAAGUGACUGAAUGUGGCAUGGUUGUUGCUGCCACACGGGCUGCUCUGAGUAUUUCAGAAACUGCUGAACUACUGGGAUUUUCACGCACAACCAUCUCUAGGGUUUACAGAGAAUGGUCCGACAAAGAGGAAAUAUGCAGUGAGUGGCAGUUCUGUGGGCGCAAAUGCCUUGUUGAUGCCAGAGGUCAGAGGAGAAUGGCCAGACUGGUUCCAGCUGAUAGAAAGGCAACAGUAACUCAAAUAAGCACUCAUUACAACCGAGGUCUGCAGAAGAGCAUCUCUGAACACACAACACGUCCAACCUUGAGGCGGAUGGGCUACAGCAGCAGAAGACCACACCGGGUGCCGCUCCUGUCAGCUAAGAACAGAAAACUGAGGCUACAAUUUACACAGGCUCACCAGAACUGGACAAUAGAAGAUUGGAGAAAUGUUGCCUGGUCUGAUGAGUCUCCAUUUCUGCUGCCACGUUCGGAUGCUCGGCUCAGAAUUUGGCCUCAACAACAUGAAAGCAUGGAUCCAUCCUGCCUUGUAUCAGAGGUUCAGGCUGGUGGUGGUGGUGUAAUGGUGUGGGGGAGAUUUUCUUGGCACACUUUGGGUCCAUUAGUACCAAUUGAGCAUGGUGUCAACGCCACAGCCUACCUGAGUAUUGUUGCUGACCAUGUCCAUCCCUUUAUGAGCACAGUGUCUCCAUCUUCUGAUGGCUACUUCCAGCAGGAUAACGCACCAUGUCAUAAAGCGCCAAUCAUCUCAGACUGGUUUCUUGAACAUGACAAUGAGUUCACUGUACUCAAAUGGCCUCCACAGUCACCAGAGCUCAAUCCAAAAGAGCACCUUUUGGAUGUGGUGGAACGGGAGAUUGGCAUCAUGGAUGUGCAGCCGAAAAUCUGCACCAACUGCGUGAUGCUAUCAUGUCAAUAUGGAGCAGAAUAUUUUCAGUAUCUUGUUGAAUCUAUGCCACCAAGGAUUACGGCAGUUCGGAAGGUACUAGUAAGGUGUACCUAAUAAAGUGGCCGGUGAGCGUAUAAACAACCCAGUACUGCAGUUUUCUACAAUAGGGUAUAUCAUACUACAAUACACCACAUUUACUGUAGUAAAACUAAAGUAUACUACAGUAUUAUCAGUUCAUUAAAGUUAAUUCUACAAUAUACUGGAGCAUUCUUUAACAAAGUGUUGUAAAUACGAUAAUACAGUAUAAUACAAUCAAAAACACCAUAGUAUUUACUAUAAAUGAUGACUAUAGUAUUUUUUAUAUGUGGUACUCUACAGACACAGCAGAAAUUGUACUUAAUAUAGUGUAUAUCAGAGAAUAUAUCAGAGAUUUUAAUGGAUUCAUACUAAAUUUGUUUCAUAACAUCGGUGAUUUAAUGGCUUGAGAAAUAAAAAUCAACGAGUUUUAUCUCUUCUUAAUCUAUUUCGUCAUGCAUCUAACAGAGAUUAAAUCAAAUAAAAAUGAAAUCAAACUUU